UGAAGAAAAAAAAAGUUCGGGUAAAAAUAAACGGAAAGUCCCGCCUUCGCUGCUGUCUCUGGGCGGGAGGGCGAGGAGAGAGACGCCCGGCCAUCAUCCUAGACGCCCCACAGUUCCGAAGUGCUCCGUUGCUGAGGGAAGGAGGGACCUCUCAGAGGUUGAUCUCCGCCCGUGUAAGUCUACCUGGAAACGUCUACACGCGGAAGCGAGUCGAUCGGAAGUCAUUCCACAAGAACAAGCAGAAGGAUGAAGGAUGAGGGUAGGAGGAGAGGCGUGAAAAAGAAGUGGGUCUGAGGAAGGCGGCUGGUUUUAUAUUUCUUCCUUGCAUUUGGUCCCAUCAACAAAAUGACAACUCUACAGAACGGCACUUCUGGUGAGUAUGCCACGUCACGCAUCCGUGGACCUGGCGAUGGCAUGGAAACGGAGCAACCACCAAAAUCCAUUGAAGUAGGCCAUGCUGCAACAAGCAAUACCCAUCGUAGCCCACACAAGAAAGCUCUUCCUUCACUAAGUCCUGGAGUUCUUCAGCUAGGGAAAGUCUAUGGUGAUAAGGCCGUGGAGAUUGAAGCUGUACGAAUAUUGGUUCCCAAGGCUGCUAUAAACCAUGUGGUUCCUACCAAAAAUACAAAGGCAUCCAAAUCUGCAGGACAUCUAAAAGAGGCCCUCCCUCUGUCAGAUGGAAUUUCAGAUCCCAAGAAAUUGCUGUUGGAGCUAAGAAGUGAAGUAGAGAAGCUCAGGAACUCGGAAAGAAGAUUGUUACAGGAUAAGGAAGGCCUUUCCAAUCAGCUCCAUGUACAGACAGAGGUCAAUCGGGAGUUGAAGAAGUUACUUGUGGCUUCUGUAGGGGAUGACCUGCAGUAUCACUUUGAGCGCAUGGCACGUGAAAAAAACCAGCUGAUCCUUGAAAAUGAGGCCCUGGUGCGCAACGUGUCUCAGCUGUCUGAACAGUUAGAGCGCAUGUCUAUACAGUGUGAUGUUUGGCGGAGCAAAUUCCUGGCAAGCAGAGUCAUGAAUGAUGAGCUCACUAACUCCAGAGCAAUUCUCCAGCGUCAAACCAGAGAUGCGCAAAGUGCAAUUCAGGAUCUACUAAGUGAACGUGAUCAGUUUCGCCAAGAAAUGAUUGCUACACAAAAGUUGCUGGAGGAGCUGCUGGUUUCUCUGCAAUGGGGAAGACAACAAACAUACUAUCCUAGUGCACAGCCACAUAGUACAGCAGAGCUAGCAGCUGUAAAUCAUAAACUUGCUAGAGCAGUAACUUCACACCUUCUUGGAAAUGCUGGCAAUAUUAACAGUCCAAAAAAGAAUUCUUCACCAACAGAACUCUGCAGUACCCCUGCUGAGAAAAUGGCUGAAAUGGUACUAAGAGUGCUAGAUCCUGGCACAUGUGCAGAAGCAUCACCAGACCUUCCUUUUGCUGAGCCUUCAGCAUCUUCUUUCCUUUCACCAAAGAAGAACAUUGGACGUUUUCACCCAUAUACUAGAUAUGAAAAUAUAACUUUUAACUGCUGCAGUCACUGUCAGGGAGAACUGAUAGCUCUUUAAAAAUGGUUCAAGUUUAAUAGCGAGCUCUAUUUUUCCCUUUCUGAGUAUGAUACUUUCUCAGUGCUCUAUAUUCACUAGUCUGUGGUUUUUUUUUCCAGAUGUGAUGGGCUUGUUACACUAGAAAUAUACUUCUCAUAAUACUGAUGCAGAAUGUGUAGCACUUCAGAAAUUGUUGGAUUGCAGAUCCAAUCAGCUCUAGCCAGUACAGUGAGAUCUGCUGUUCAACAAUAUUUUGGAAGGCCACACAUUUCCUAUCCUUGCCAUGCAGCCUUCAGGCCUAUAAAAGAUCUGUGUCCAAUCUGAUUCUUAACAGAGUGUGCUAGCAAUAUAACAAGAAUGGCUCUCUGAGGCAAAUAAGAAAAUGUAAACAUAUGCUCAGUGCUGUACCUAGGCCUAUAAUUAGAAAUUACAUAUAACUUGUAUUUUGAGUAUUCUAAUAGAAACUCCAUAAGCACCAUUUGAAUUUUUUUCUCAUUGAAGAGAUACAGAUAGAUUCUGUUUACUAAAGUAUUUAUUUCAAUUAUGACUGAUGAUGAUUAUAGUGCUCAAGUGUUUUACAAUCUGUAUCUAUUGCUAUUCUGUGAGCUGUUACAUGGGCAGUUGUAAAUAUUUACUUUGAGAAUAGCUCAGAGUACUUAGUUGGAUAAGCUUUAGAUCUCUGAACUAAUACAGAUAAAAGACUGUGGAGUUAAUUUCCAGUUUGAGAUUAAAUUAAUUCUAGAGUGUGUUUCUCUGUUCAUACAAAACUGAAGCCAAAGAAUAGCAACCAGCUAUUAGAGUACCAUUGCAAAGGUAUUUCUCAGUGACCAGAAUCCUGUUGAGUUUGUACAACACAAACCCAAAAUUGCAUAACCAAUUGGCCAAUUGUUGCAAUUGUCUGUUACACACUCAGACAUACCUAGAUGAUGCACUCAGUGGCACACCUAAUCAUACAACGGAUGGUCAGAAAACUGCAAAGACAGUUACACAAUUCCCCUAUCAUGCACAGUAUUUUACAGUAGGGUUCUAACCAGUGGACUGUGAACAUCUACAGCACAGAUCUUAAACACCCUUAAACAUGUAUUCCUGGGGACCUUGAAUACUAUAUUUUUUACUAUACCUAUUGAACAUGGUUGGACCGCUUUUGCCUCUACACCUCUAUGUAUGCAGCUGAAAGGUUCUUUCCUGAAAAUAGGCUGAGUGUGCUGCCCAAUUAAAAGGCAAAUCUUCUUGCCUAUAUUUCUUAUACAGUAAUAUUUCUAACAGACACAUGCAGAAAGCUGCUGUUCCAUUAUGUACCCAAAUAUUGGACAUGCAGAUGGGGGCUGACUCAUCCUUUGCUUUUUGAGAGACAUGCCAACCCACUUUAUCUGAGGUUGUGAGAUGACAUGCCCAUUUCAGGAUAUAUAUUUUGGCUAUAUUGUAGACCUUUACAUGGCAGCCAUACUAUCAGAAGGCAAUGAUUAGUAUUUGCACCAUGGCACCAGAGGGGUUGGGGGUCAGGCCUUAAUGCCUUAGUGGGUAGCCAAUCUAAUCAAAGCCCAUACAGCAAUAAUCUUUCCACAGAACACAUAGUUCUGACUCCUGUCCUCUGAAGAUGCCAGCCACAGAGAAAAACCUUAAGAACACAGCCAAACAGCUCAGAAAACCCACCUAACAGUGAGAGAAGAAAAUGAGAGUCUCAGAAUGGAAUAAUAAUAAUCUAACCAGCAAUACAAGCCUUUCACUUUGCCGUACACCUCCAAGAAAUGGCUGGCAUAAUGGCUGCAAGAGAACAUUGCAUGCUGAUCUUGCUGUUUUUUUGCAGUAUCCAAAGAUGAUCUUGGACUUCAGCUUUCACUCAUUUUCUACCCUGGUGCCAGGAACUCAGUAUACGAAUACUGAUUUCCCCUAUCCUUGGUUCAGACUGCUGACCAUCUUAUCCCUACAAAUGCCAAAUGGAAUGAGAAAGACCUAAUAUGAUGUUCCUCCAUCUCAGGAAUACACAGCAGUUCUUUGCUCUAUAACACAAUUGUACCCAAUGCUGUCCAUUUGUCUGAACAGAGUAUACAUGUGUUAUUUCAUAGUAUCACACAGAAAUAUCUGAGGCAGACAUAUUUUAUUGAAAUGCAAUAGAAUUUUGGCCUGCUCUGCUUUAUACUCUUUAUAAUAAAUGUAUUUCAAAACAUGUA